AGAGCUCAGGCCCUGGGUCAGGCAGACUCCUAGUCAGAUCUCAAUGUCACUUUCUAGCUGUUGGGCCUAGGGCAGGGCGCUCACCUCUGUGCCUCAGUUUCCUCGUUGGCUGAUGUUACUUGUCUCCCAGGGUGAGGGUGACAGGGACUCAUGUGUAUGACAGACCUCUAGGGAGCUGGUCCCUAGUGGGUUCCCUGAAAAUGCCCGUGCUCCCUCCCUUCCCGCUGGGCCCCAGGCUCAGGGUCUUUGUCUUGUCCUCCCCCUCCCAGAACUGCAUGAACUUGCCCCCGGACAAGGUCCAGCUGCUGAGCCAGUAUGACAACGAGAAGAAGUGGGAGCUCAUCUGUGACCAGGAGCGGUUUCAAGUCAAGAACCCCCCCACAGCCUAUAUCCAGAAGCUGAAGAGCUACCUAGAAACUGGUGGGGUCAGCCGGAAGGUAGCAUCGGAUUGGAUGUCCAACCUGGGGUUUAAGAGGCGAGUCCAGGAGUCCACUCAGGUGCUUCGGGAGCUGGAGAUCUCCCUGAGGACAAACCACAUCGGGUGGGUGCAGGAGUUCCUCAACGAGGAGAACCGCGGCCUGGAUGUGCUCCUCGAUUACCUGGCCUUUGCCCAGUGCUCCGUCACGUAUGACAUGGAGAGCACAGACAAUGGAGCCCCAAGUGCGGAGAAGAGCAAGCCCCUGGAGCAGUCAGUGGAAGACCUCAGCAAGGGCCCCCCCGCCUCCUCGGUGCCACAGCCCAGGAGUCGCCACCUGACCGUCAAGCUGACCCCAGCCCACAGCAGGAAGACCCUGCGGAACUCGCGCAUCGUCAGCCAGAAGGAUGACGUCCACGUCUGCAUUAUGUGCUUGCGUGCCAUCAUGAACUACCAGUCUGGCUUCAGCCUCGUCAUGAGCCACCCAGCCUGUGUCAAUGAGAUUGCUCUGAGCCUCAACAACAAGAACCCCAGAACCAAGGCUCUGGUGCUGGAGCUGCUGGCGGCUGUGUGCCUGGUGCGGGGAGGACACGACAUCAUCCUCGCAGCCUUUGACAACUUCAAGGAGGUGUGUGGGGAGCAGCACCGCUUUGAAAAGCUGAUGGAAUAUUUCCGGAAUGAAGACAGCAACAUCGACUUCAUGGUGGCCUGCAUGCAAUUCAUCAACAUCGUGGUACACUCAGUGGAGAACAUGAACUUCCGAGUCUUCCUGCAAUAUGAGUUCACCCACCUGGGCCUGGACCUGUACUUAGAGAGGCUGCGGGUCACAGAGAGCGACAAGCUGCAGGUGCAGAUCCAGGCGUACCUGGACAAUGUGUUUGAUGUGGGCGUGCUGCUGGAGGACACGGAGACCAAGAAUGCCGUGCUGGAGCACAUGGAGGAGCUGCAGGAGCAGGUGACCCUGCUGACAGAGCGGCUUCGGGACGCGGAGAACGAGUCCAUGGCUAAGAUCGCGGAGCUGGAGAAGCAGCUCAGCCAGGCCCGGAAGGAGCUGGAGACCAUGCGGGAGCGCUUCAGCGAUUCCACGGCCAUGGGCGUCCCCCGGCGUCCACCCGAGCCUGAGAAAGGGCCUGCCCCGGCCUCCGCAAGGCCCUCGGCUCUAGAGCUGAAGGUGGAGGAGCUGGAGGAGAAGGGGUUAAUCCGUAUCCUGCGGGGACCCGGGGAUGCUGUCUCCAUCGAGAUCCUCCCGGUCGCCGUGGCAACUCCAAGCGGCGGUGAUGCCCCUACUCUGGGAGUGCCCACCAGCUCCCCCAGCCCAGGUGCGCCGAUCUCCAACCCGCCGCCGCCGCCGCCGCCGCCUCCGGGCCCAGCUGGGCUGGUGCCUCCGCCGCCCCCGCCGCCUCCCGGAGGUCUCUCUGGUGCCCUUGGGGAGCCGGGCCCAGAGAUGGGCCCAGGAGUGAAGGCCAAGAAACCCAUCCAGACCAAGUUCAGAAUGCCCCUCUUAAACUGGGUAGCCCUGAAACCCAGCCAGAUCACGGGUACUGUCUUCACUGAGCUCAAUGAUGAGAAGGUGCUGCAGGAACUGGACAUGAGUGACUUUGAGGAGCAGUUCAAGACGAAGUCCCAAGGUCCCAGCCUGGACCUCAAUGCUCUCAAGGGUAAGGCAGCCCAGAAGGCCCCCACCAAAUCUACACUCAUUGAGGCCAACCGGGCCAAGAACCUGGCCAUUACCCUGCGCAAGGGCAACGUGGGAGCGGACCGCAUCUGCCAGGCCAUCGAGACGUACGACCUCCAGGCCCUUAGCCUGGACUUCCUGGAGCUGCUGACCCGCUUCCUGCCCACGGAGUAUGAGCGCACCCUCAUCGCCCGCUUCGAGCGGGAGCAGCGGCCGGUGGAGGAGCUGUCAGAGGAGGACCAGUUCAUGCUGCGCUUCAGCCGCAUCCCGCGCCUGCAGGAGCGCAUGGCCGCGCUAACCUUCAUGGGCAACUUCCCCGACACCGUCCAGCUGCUCAUGCCGCAACUGAAUGCCGUCAUUGCAGCCUCAAUGUCCAUUAAGUCGUCUGACAAACUCCGCCAGAUCCUGGAGAUUGUCCUGGCCUUCGGCAACUACAUGAACAGCAGCAAGCGUGGAGCAGCCUAUGGCUUCCGGCUCCAGAGUCUGGAUGCGCUGCUGGAGAUGAAGUCGACUGACCGAAAGCAGACGCUGCUGCACUACCUGGUGAAGGUCAUUGCUGAGAAGUAUCCACAGCUCACAGGCUUCCACAGUGACCUGCACUUCCUGGACAAGGCGGGCUCAGUGUCCCUGGACAGCAUCCUCGGGGACGUGCGCGCCCUGCAGCGAGGCCUGGAGUUGACCCAGCGGGAGUUUGUGCGGCAGGAUGACUGCGCGGUGCUCAAGGAGUUCCUGAGGGCCAACUCCCCCACCAUGGAUAAGCUGCUGGCAGACAGCAAGACAGCGCAGGAGGCCUACGACUCCGUGGUGGAAUACUUCGGAGAAAACCCCAAGACCACGUCCCCCUCCAUGUUCUUUACCCUCUUUAGUCGCUUCGUCAAGGCCUACAAGAAAGCCGAGCAGGAGGUGGAACAGUGGAAGAAAGAAGCGGCUGCUCAGGAGGCAGGCGCUGAAACUCCAGGCAAAGGGGACUCCCCAGCACUCAAGUCCCCACCCAAGGCUCGGAGGCCACAGAUGGACCUCAUCUCUGAGCUGAAACGGAAGCAGCAGAAGGAGCCACUCAUCUAUGAGAGUGACCGCGAUGGGGCCAUUGAAGACAUCAUCACAGUGCUCAAGACGGUGCCCUUCACGGCCCGCACUGGCAAGCGGACAUCCAGGCUCCUCUGUGAGGCCAGCCUGGGCGAGGAGAUCCCCCUCUAGCCCUCAGACCUGCGGAACCAGCCCUACAUCCGCUCGGACACAGGCCGCCGCAGCGCCCGCCGGAGACCCCCGGGACCCCCCCUGCAGGUCACCUCGGACCUCUCGCUGUAGCCCCCAUUUCCACAGAUGGACUCUGGGGAUGGGGAGGGGCAAGACGGGGCUCAAGGAAGGGGGCCCUCAGCUCGGCUGGGCCGGGCAGCCCUUCUGCCGCUGGCCCAGCCAGGGGCUCACCCCGAUGGGCAGGCGCCCUCUCAUCUUGCUACAGGGGUCAGUAUCGCCGGCCCGCCCCCCAAACGCUGCUCGCAGCGCCCUUCUCCCCCCAAUAGCCAUACUGUACUUAGCCUCAGCGGGAGCCUGGCCGGUAACUUAUAAAGUGCAACCUCGCCCCCCGCCCCCCGCCCCCAUCCGGGGACUCUCCACGGACCUUAUUUUUAUACAAGAUUAAUAAAGAUGUUUGCAAGA